AUGUCAUUACCAACACCAACGCUCUCACCUUCCGAAACCAAUUAUAUAAUAACAUCGUUAUCACAUCCUUCUAAUCCGACUCGAUUAGAUGCUAGAUCACUGAUAGAUUCCCGACCUAUAGAAAUUUCCUAUGGUGUCUUCCCACAUGCGAACGGAAGUGCAAGGGUCAAAGUGGGAGGCACGGAAAUCAUAGCUGGAAUCAAAUUGGAAGUGGUCGAUUCGGAAUCGACAUCGAAUGAGAAAGAGAAAAAAGGUUUAGAGUCUUGGAGAUGUAAAGUUGAAGUUGAUGUUACACCACAAUCCUAUCCUACUACACAACCCAAUACGUUAUCUUCAAUAUCAACCUAUCUUUCAUCCUUGGUAUCAUCUCAUUUCACACCUUCAUUAACUCCUUUCACUAUAAUACCAAACACGAAAUUUUUUCAACCUCAAAUACAUUUAACCGUUUUAUCAUCUGAUGGAAAUAUACCUUCAGGACUAAUCAUAGCUUGCAGAGCCGCAUUCUCAGAUCUGAAAAUACCACGUACAAAGAUCAUUUCAUGGACAGGUGAGAACGACGAUCACAAUGAUACCUCACAACAAGGUGGUCAAGGUGAUUUAUCAGGUAUAAAAGCUGCCAUCUCAAGAGGAACAAACAAGAACGGCAAAGGUAAAGGUAGAUAUAUCGCUAGGGGUGGUGAAGAUUGGGAUUUAGAUUUAAAUCGAGAAAACGGUUCUGCUUCUCUCGACGGAACUGAAUACAUGUCAGGAAGAGAAAAUUUACCAGUUUUGAUAACGUUGAAUCUUGUACCCAAUUCCGAAAACGUUUUCAUAGACGCAACACUUUCUGAAGAAUCAGCAUGUCCCUCCAAACUUCAUUUAUUCUUUUCCAAUUCAUCAUCCAUAUCAUCAUCGUCAACACAGGAAGAACGAGAACUGAAGGUAUGCGGCGUAAGACUAGAAGGUAAUGGUCAAAGUAUAGAUUCUACACGUAUAAAAACCCUUUUGGAACAAGGCAGUGAAUUCGCUAAAGGAUUGAUCGACCAAUUGAAUUCUAAUUUACCAAGUUGGUAUUGA